CAUGGCCCUUGACCACGCCCUCGCUAUGUCCCAAUCAGACCCAUCUGUCGCCCGCAUCGACAGUUUACGCAACGCAGCACUCGCCGCCAACCAUCAAAGCACUGGCCUGACAUCCAGCUCAAGCUCCCCUGGCGUCGCCCCCUCCUCGUCUUCGCCAGGCCCCUACAUCGAGUCUCCGACCCCACUCGACCCAGGCAAUGCACAGCCAUCCACCUCACCGGCACCAGGGUCCACCGGCUCCGCCCAAAGCGACUCAGACACUUCUGCAAGCAACCCUAGCCCUGCCAUGCUCGAUGUUGACCCCCAGAUCCUCGAGGCGCUCCGGGGAAAGGACAGGAUAUACGUCCUGAAGCUCGGCGAGACGUUCGAAACGCUCAUUAAGGAACGCAGGCCGCGGUGUGAUCUCACGCCUGCGACAUCCUAUCAGCGACUGCUUGUUCAUCGCUGCUCGGCUUACUACAAGUUGGUGCCAGAGAGCGAUCCUGCCACCAAGGGCAUCUCUGUGUCCAUCUCGCCUGAGAGUAGAAGACCCGAGCGACGCAUAUGCGAACUCGUGCCAGCUGAAUCGCCCACGCAACCGGCGUUCAAAAUCAUGCGGCGAUCAGUGCAAGAACGACGCUCGAAGCCCCAGUCCCACGCAGGCUCCGUCGCAGGAGAGGAUGCUGACCUCUCCGACGUCGAGCCCUCCGAGGCCGGCAGCCUCGGUGGCAGGAGCAACGUCACCAGCAACUCGAGCACCAAAAAACGCAUGACAAUCGAAGAGCGCGAGGCGGCUUACAAUGAAGCUCGAUCUCGCAUCUUCAUGAACUUUGAAGAGAAGGAGAGGGGCAAGGAGAAGGACAUGAGUGCCAGCUCCUCGUCGCUCAGUGUCAGCGGGUCGACGUCUACUAGCGCAGGCGGUAGAAGUAGCCUCGGCGAUACUGACGAUGCAAUCAGCUCUCCUGCAACUGAGAGCGAGUGGUCGACGCCCUCUGGAUCGAAUACCAGGAAGGAUGGUCGACGGGGUGGGCAUCACAAUGGGUCAAACUCAUCAUCAAGGUCCCUUCGUAGCGGAGGGUCUUUCCAUGCCAACGGCUCUGGAGGCAGCUCGCGCAACUCGCGAGCGCCGUCACCAUCAUUCGUGUGGCCAUCGCUGUAUGAGCCCUCGCCAUCAGCAGGACAGAUCUAUGAUCCUGCUCAGCAUCACCCGCCGAACAUGGGAUACCACCCCAACCACUUCGCGUACUCGUACCCUCCGCCCAACAAUGCCCCGAACCCGCCAUUCUUGACCCCUUAUCCAUCAUACUACCCCCAGCCCUACAACCCGUACCAACACCCUCCGCCCAUGCCCCAGCAGCAAGACCCAACGACACCUCCAGGCCCAGAACAACAGUACACUCCCCAGCAUCAGAUGAACUACGGGCCAGCGUAUGGGUGGCAGCCGCAUCCUAACCAACCGCCUUUGCAGUCUCCUCCGCAUACAAUGCAUGCGCCACUUCCACAGCAGCCACAGCAGAAUCCGCCUCCACCUCCGCUGCCUCAUUCAAUAGGUCCUCAUCCGCCUCAUCCUCCGCCACCCCCUCAUUCACCUUCGUACCCACCGUAUAACAUGCACUCUCAGCAUGCGUAUACGUACCCGAUGGGCGCAUAUUAUCCACCACCACCUCCGCCUGGGCAGCCACAGCAAAUGGCCCCUCCUCCGCCACCGCCGCCUCCAGGUCUGCCUGCGCAUGCGCAGGGCGGUAUGCAGCAGCAGCAGCCGUACCCUGGCUACGAGGUUCCGCGGUCGAUGAAUAUGAACGCAAACCCCAUGCAGCCACCUCCUGGGCACGGGCCAGGGCCGCCCGAAGGGCACUUCAACGGCGGCCAUAACGGCAAUAACAAUCACUUGAAUAACCAGCACCAGAACAACCACCAGAACCAUGCUAGUAACCCGCCCCGCCAUAAUCUUGGAAAUGGGGUGAUUUCGCCCAUUGGAAAUGGCGGAGGACGGGGGCCGCAGAGGAAUGGAAGUGGGUUUGGCGGUGGUGUUAACAACCACGGCGGCCACAACAACAACGCGAAUGGGCCUGGCGGUAAUGGGAAGCACCGCGGGCCUGUGCCGCCUGCUGCGCGCUCUGCAUGGAGCUACGGGCCUGGUGUCGGGAUGGGCGGGUUCCCUGCCCACUUUGGGAACAACGCCGGAGGAAACGUCAAUGGGAACGUGAACGGGAAUGGGAAUGCGGGAGGAGAGGCUGUUGGGCCGCGAUUUUACCACUCGAACUCGAAUUCGAAUAGGAGAACGUCGGGCCAUGGAAGCUCAGGAGGGAAUAGCAGAGGGUCGUCGUCGAACACGGAUGAGGUUUCGUCUGUUGCGUCCUCAUCAACGACCUCGUCUUCGUCGCGCCGGACGUACACCUCAACAACAUCCUCGCAGCACCCGCUGCCCGCUCGGCCAGAUUGGGCCGUCGGGAUGAAGGCCCAGCCAACGCUGGCUGCAACAGGAGGAGCGCGGCACCACGACCUGUACAACUCAAACUCCAACCCGAACUCGACGGGCAACUCGCGCACGAUAUCGCCCAUCUCGCCUCCGCGGUCGAAUUCUGGCUCGAACGCGUUGCAGGCGACGGAUUUCCCGCCGCUGAACCCUGCUGCUGGGCAUGUACAGGAGAGGGUACGGCCUCCGGUGGUUAGUGGUGCGUGGAGCAGUGCGAGGCCGAUAUUGUCGCCUGCGGCGAAUAAUGUGAACACGGCCACCACAAAUUUGAAUCCCCCAGGGAGUGCCCCAGUGUCGGCGCAGAACAGCCCGAAUCCUAAUGUACAACAGAAUGCGAGCCCGGUCGCGAGGCAGGAGGACGGCGAGCGGCCUGUUGGAAAGGCUGGAGAGGUUUACAACCCGAAGCUCAUCAAGCGGCCUGGACCACCUCUGGUGAACGGGACGAGUCCGGCACGUGCAGGCCCAUCAAGCCCAGCACAAGUCAACAUGAACGUAAGGAAUGAUUCUCCGUCCGCUCAAGGUAAUGCACUGGCGGCGCAAAUGGCUUUGAUGUCAGUAGAAGAAGACCAUGGUGGGGAUGUGACGAUCUCGCAACGUCUUUCGGUGCCGUCAGCAGGGGGUGUAGUGCCGCUGUCGCCAUCGACAUA